GGCGCGAGGGUGGCAGCCAGAGGGAGCCGCCGCCCCUGACCGCCCGGGUCCCCGUGGGGCGCAUGGGGCGCUUCGUGCCCAGAUCGCGUGCGGGCCCCGCGCCCAGCUUCCUGCUGCCGUGAGAAGCCGCGCCGGGACGCCCCCCAGACCCGGAGCUGCGGGGAGGAUGACCAUGGCCGGGGGCAGGAGGGGACUGGUGGCCCCGCAGAACACGUUUCUGGAGAAUAUUGUCCGGCGGUCCAAUGAUACUAAUUUUGUGUUGGGAAAUGCCCAGAUAGUGGACUGGCCUAUCGUGUACAGCAAUGACGGAUUUUGCAAGCUGUCUGGCUAUCACAGGGCAGAAGUGAUGCAAAAGAGCAGUACCUGCAGUUUUAUGUAUGGGGAACUGACUGAUAAAGACACAAUUGAGAAGGUGCGGCAAACAUUUGAGAACUAUGAGAUGAAUUCCUUUGAAAUUUUGAUGUACAAGAAGAACAGGACACCUGUGUGGUUCUUUGUGAAAAUUGCUCCAAUUCGAAACGAACAGGAUAAAGUGGUUUUAUUUCUUUGCACUUUCAGUGACAUAACAGCUUUCAAACAGCCAAUUGAGGAUGACUCAUGUAAAGGCUGGGGGAAGUUUGCUCGGCUGACCAGAGCAUUGACAAGCAGCAGGGGUGUCCUGCAGCAGCUGGCUCCCAGCGUGCAGAAAGGCGAGAAUGUCCACAAGCACUCCCGCCUGGCAGAGGUCCUGCAAUUGGGCUCAGACAUCCUUCCCCAAUACAAGCAAGAGGCGCCAAAGACUCCCCCUCACAUCAUCUUGCAUUACUGUGUUUUUAAGACCACGUGGGAUUGGAUCAUCUUGAUCUUGACCUUCUAUACAGCCAUCUUGGUCCCUUACAAUGUCUCCUUUAAAACCAGGCAGAACAAUGUGGCCUGGCUGGUUGUGGACAGCAUCGUGGAUGUCAUCUUUUUGGUGGAUAUUGUGCUCAAUUUUCAUACCACCUUUGUUGGACCAGCGGGGGAGGUGAUUUCCGACCCCAAACUUAUCCGCAUGAACUACCUGAAGACGUGGUUUGUGAUUGAUCUUCUGUCCUGUUUGCCAUAUGAUGUCAUCAACGCUUUUGAGAACGUGGAUGAGGGUAUCAGCAGCUUGUUCAGUUCUCUGAAAGUUGUCCGGUUGCUCCGUCUUGGGCGAGUGGCCCGAAAGCUGGACCACUACAUUGAAUACGGAGCUGCUGUGCUGGUCCUGCUGGUCUGUGUGUUUGGGCUGGCCGCACACUGGAUGGCCUGCAUCUGGUACAGCAUCGGGGACUAUGAGAUCUUCGACGAGGACACUAAGACGAUCCGCAACAACAGCUGGCUCUACCAGCUGGCGAUGGACGUUGGCACCCCUUACCAGUUUAAUGGGUCUGGCUCAGGGAAGUGGGAAGGUGGUCCCAGCAAGAAUUCUGUCUACAUCUCCUCGUUGUAUUUCACCAUGACCAGCCUCACCAGUGUGGGCUUUGGGAAUAUUGCCCCAUCCACAGACAUCGAGAAGAUCUUUGCGGUGGCCAUCAUGAUGAUUGGCUCGCUUCUCUAUGCCACCAUCUUUGGGAAUGUGACGACCAUUUUCCAACAGAUGUAUGCCAACACCAACAGAUAUCAUGAGAUGCUCAACAGCGUCCGGGACUUCCUGAAGCUCUAUCAGGUGCCGAAAGGACUGAGCGAGCGAGUCAUGGAUUAUAUCGUGUCCACUUGGUCCAUGUCCAGAGGCAUCGACACAGAGAAGGUCCUGCAGAUCUGCCCCAAGGACAUGAGAGCUGACAUCUGUGUACACCUGAACCGCAAGGUGUUCAAGGAGCACCCAGCCUUCCGGCUGGCCAGCGAUGGCUGCCUGCGGGCACUGGCCAUGGAGUUCCAGACGGUGCACUGUGCCCCGGGGGACCUCAUCUACCAUGCAGGAGAGAGUGUUGACAGCCUCUGCUUUGUGGUCUCCGGCUCCCUGGAGGUGAUCCAGGAUGAUGAGGUGGUAGCCAUCCUAGGGAAAGGAGACGUGUUUGGAGAUGUGUUCUGGAAGGAAGCCACCCUUGCCCAGUCCUGUGCCAACGUCAGGGCCUUGACUUACUGUGACCUGCAUGUGAUCAAACGGGAUGCGCUGCAGAAAGUGCUGGAAUUCUACACGGCCUUCUCCCACUCCUUCUCCCGGAACCUGAUUCUCACCUACAACUUGAGGAAAAGGAUCGUUUUCCGGAAGAUCAGCGAUGUGAAACGGGAAGAGGAGGAGCGCAUGAAACGGAAGAAUGAAGCCCCCCUGAUCUUGCCCCCAGAUCACCCUGUCCGGCGACUCUUCCAAAGGUUCCGACAGCAGAAAGAGGCCAGGCUGGCAGCAGAGAGAGGGGGCCGGGACCUGGACGACCUAGACGUGGAGAAGGGCAACGUCCUCACAGAACACGCCUCAGCCAACCACAGCCUCGUGAAGGCCAGCGUGGUCACUGUCCGAGAGAGCCCUGCCACGCCCGUGUCCUUCCAGGCGGCCACCGCCUCUGGAGUGCCAGACCACGCCAAGCUGCACGCACCAGGGUCCGAGUGCCUGGGCCCCAAGGGAGGUGGGGGUGACUGUGCCAAGCGCAAAGGCUGGGCCCGCUUCAAAGAUGCUUGCGGGAAGGGCGAGGACUGGAAUAAGGUGUCCAAGGCUGAGUCGAUGGAGACACUCCCUGAGAGGACAAAGGCAUCCGGCGAGGCCACGCUGAAGAAGACAGACUCGUGUGACAGCGGCAUCACCAAGAGCGACUUGCGCCUGGACAACGUGGGCGAGGCCAGGAGUCCCCAGGACCGCAGCCCCAUCCUGGCAGAGGUCAAGCAUUCUUUCUACCCCAUCCCCGAGCAGACGCUGCAGGCCACCGUCCUGGAGGUGAGGCACGAGCUGAAGGAGGACAUCAAGGCCCUGAAUGCCAAAAUGACCAAUAUCGAGAAACAGCUGUCAGAGAUACUCAGGAUAUUAACUUCCAGAAGGUCCUCUCAGUCUCCUCAGGAGCUGUUUGAAAUAUCGAGGCCUCAGUCCCCAGAAUCAGAGAGAGACAUUUUUGGAGCAAGCUGAGAGGUCUGUUGGAAGAAGAAAAAAAAAAAAAGUCAAAGACAAAAACUUACAGCCCUGCCCUC